UUCCUACACGCCCAACAUUCGACAAUCCGUCCAAACCCAACCCUUUAUACCUGUACAGAUUCAUUAGGCUCACAGUUGACAAUGUGUUCCAAAGACGUUCAUGUUCGACUGAAUUACUGUCAAGAGGAACAACAAGUAUUGCCCUCAAAACCCACAACACGCAGUUUUCCUACCAAGCCCGGCCCACUCGAAACGAUCCAGGAUGUCCGUGAAGCUCAUGAGGAAUUCGACCUCGAGCUUCACGGCUUUCGUUAUGUAAAGGCACCAACCGACUUCAACAACUGGGACUCGGAGCUGGAGAUACGCAAUGUCUUGAUCCCCGAGAUGGAGGUUCUGUUACGUCAAGAGCUGCGAGGCUGUGACGAGAUACAUGUCGUGGGCAUUAAGUCGGAGCAAGGGCCUUCAGCAAGUGGUUGUAAUAGAAUGGUUCACAUCGACCACACUGUAUCGAGUGUCGAGUCAAUGUUGCAUCAGAAGUACGGAAUAAGGCCCGAACAUCUGCUCACCAGAAGGGUUCGUCUAAUCAACAUCUGGAGACCCGUCAAUUGCGUCGUGCACAGCGAUCCUAUUGCAAUCGCAGAUGGCAGAGGACUUGAUCUGAAGCGAGACAUCACAAGCUCUGACCCGAGCAUACCCAUCGGUAUUGGACGCUACCAUGAAGAGCGCCACUGGUACUACACGAGCGAACAAACCGAGGAAGAUGUCUUGCUGUUCAAGACCUACGACAGCAACCAAGCUGCGUCUUCCAAGGCAUGCCUACGCACAGCGUUCAUCAUACCCGAUCCCUCUGGCAGCAACUCGUGUUCCAAGGCGAUCGAGAUCCAAGUUUUGGUCUUCACACACCCCAACGACGAGCAGACCACGCACGUUCAUCAAGUAAAAGAGGUCGAGACAUUGAGAAAGGAACUCGGAACUCUUUCAAAUGACGUUUUGCACAACCAAGACGUGGUCAGAGCAGUCUUGGACCUCCGUCAGUGGGAGUCUCUGAAGGCGGCCGAGCAGAUGCACCACCUGGCGUCUGACCGUGACCAUUCACGUGCUGAAAGUCAAUCUCUGAGCAAACAGCUCAACUAUCUGGAGGAGUGGAUUAUGGGUCUUUACAUGUCGUGCAGUUUGUCUUCAGAGGAGACGGACACUGUCGAACAAUUGCGGCAUUUCAUAUGCUCCACGCCAAGAUUGCGCGAACGCUUCAGCCAGGAUGAGCAGGCAUACCAAAGCAUGAGACAGAGCAUGAAUUUGUUCGGAGCAGACGCUGAGUUGAUGCUUCUGCGCCAACAGUUGUACGCGCAGUGUAGAGAGACCGAGAGGUUGGCAGCCAAUAUUGAUGCUAAAGUCGAGAGCAAGAUGGAUGAAGGGUUCCAGGCUGCGGUACAGACGGCAGUCAAGCAAGAGCGCAGCAAGGACGAGUUUGUUAUCCAAGACCUUCGGCAGGAGAAUCAGAGACUCCGGCAGGCAUUGGCCGAGAUGAGUGCACUGGGCUUGUAAGGAAGAUUGUGUGGAAGAUGUGAUGACAGUGU